AUGGGCAACGAGGCCAGCUUAGAGGGCGGGGGAGCCGAGGGGCAGCUGCCCCCCGGCACCGCCGCCGGCCCCUCCACGUCGCCCGGGACCGCCAAGCCGCCUUCAGCACCAGGCAGCGGCGGACAGCUCCCCCCGGGCAGGGCUCCAGUCGCCGCACCGGGCCCCGCGCAGCCGCACGGACCCUCCGCCAGCACACCAAGAAGACCAGAUCAAUCAGACCCCUCCUUUGGACAGAGAGCAGCAUCCCCAUCCCUGAAACAGGCCGCUCAGACCUGUGAAAGCACAAAGGAGAUGAGGAGCCACGGGCAGAUCCCUCAACAGGCUGAUGGGCCAAGGAGGACUCUCCAAGUGGACAGGAGGGACCAGAGAUCAGGACGUUCACCAUCUGUGUCACCCGAUCGAGGUAGCACCCCUACCUCACCUUAUUCUGUCCCGCAAAUUGCACCCCUUCCCAGCAGCACUCUCUGUCCUAUAUGCAAGACAACAGAACUCACCUCCUCUCCUAACCAGCCAAACUUCAACACCUGUACACAGUGUCACAACAAGGUCUGCAACCAAUGUGGAUUCAACCCCAACCCUCACCUGACUGAGGUGCAAGAAUGGUUAUGUUUAAAUUGCCAGAUGCAGAGAGCUUUGGGGAUGGACAUGACCACAGCGCCCCGCUCCAAAAGCCAGCAGCAGCUACACUCCCCAUCCCUUUCCCCUUCCCACUCCCCAGCCAAACAGCCGCAGCCGCAGCCCCAAGUGGCCACAGGACCAGAGAAACCACCAGGAACUAUGCAGCCAGGCCCCAGGCCAAGUGCUGGUGUCGUGCAGCCCGAGGCUCCCAAACCGCCCCCAGCUUCAGCACAGAGGGAACCACACAGCCAAGUCCAGCCAAAACCUGCUGCUCCUCAGGAAGUGGUGAGGUCUUCCCCUCAGCAUCAACAAACAAAGCCUUCGUCCACUGAUCAGAGAAAGACUGUGGGAGACUCCCCAGCUAAGACUCCAGCCCCUCCUCUCAGCGCUGGGGCACCAGAGCAACCCCAAGAGGGCCUCACCGGGAAACUCUUUGGAUUUGGGGCUUCUCUCUUGACCCAGGCAAGCACACUCAUGUCUGUCCAGCCAGAGGCCACCCCACCAAGUCAGCAGUCCCCUGGCAAAGUGCCUCCAAAAAUUGUCUUCAGCGAUGCCAGCAAAGAAGCUGGCCCUAAAGUCCCGGGCACUGCACCUGGAAUGCAGGGUAAGGCUGGAACUGUCCCAGCUGCAAAGCAAGUGAAAGCAGAACAAGUAAUCAAGCCAAAGGAAGUGCCGAAAGUAAGGGUCUUGUGCCCCCUCUGCAAAGCGGAGAUCAAUGUGGGCUCUGGGGAACCCUCCAACUAUAAUAGCUGUACAACCUGUAAGCAGCAGGUCUGCAACAUGUGUGGAUUCAACCCAACACCUCAUCUGGUGGAGAAAAACGAAUGGCUGUGUUUGAACUGCCAAACUCAGAGGCUGCUAGAAGGAAGCCUGGGAGACCCUGCUCCAAUGCCACUGCCUGCUCCAAAGCAACAGCCAACUGGAUCCCCCCGACACCAACCUGGAGGAAUUGGUCAGCAACACAGAGGAGCCCCUCCGCUUGUAACACCCCAGCAACCCGAAAUGCCGGUUCCUCAAGACAAGCACCUUUCACAUCUCAGGACUUCAGAAAAGAGCAAAUCACCUAGUACUGCCCAAGAAAAAAAGCCUCCUGCUCCAUCAGAAGGAAAGCCACUGCCCAAACACCCUGGAGAGCCUCCAAAAGCCGCUGGAAGUCCAUUGCCAAAGGGGAAAACUACGGCCACAAAACCAGAAGCAGAUAUCAAAGAGAGCACGACUGUAUCUGAAUCUCAGAGAAUGAGAGAGCAGGAGGAAUCCAGUAAGCCUUAUCCCUCAGACCUGUCCCGUAGUCCCCAAAGCUUGAGUGAUACUGGCUACUCAUCUGAUGGGAUCUCUAGCUCCCAGAGCGAAAUCACGGGCUUAGUGCAGCAAGAAGGAGAGCAACUAAACGAAACUGGAAUCAUCGAGCCAAGCCCUCAAAGUCCUUCUGAACUCACUAAGCUGGAAAGCAGCAUGCGGCCUCUAUUGGAGUCCAAGGGCUUGAGCCAAGAGCCAACGGACAGAGGGAAGACAUACCAUGAAUUACGGGAGGAGCAGAAGCAGAGACAGAGGCCACGGUCCCUUUCUAUCACCCCAGAAGCCUUUGAUUCUGAUGAGGAGCUAGAAGACAUCAUGGAAGAAGAUGAAGAUUCCCUAGAAUGGGAGAACCAGAGGGAGCAAAGGGAGAGCAUGGAGUCUUCGGAUGACUUUGGCAGCAAGCUGCGCCAUGACUAUGUGGAGGACAGCAGUGAAGGAGGCUUCUCUCCAUUACCAACCAGGCAGAAAAGCAAAGAGCCCAAGAUGACUGAUGAGGAGUUCAUGAGGAGGCAGCUCCUGGAGAUGAGUGCAGAGGAAGAUAACCUUGAGGAGGAGGAAGAAGAAUAUGAUCACGUAAAAUAUAGCGUUGCAAAAAAUGGACACAAGCCUGACUCUGAAAAAAGCAGAGAGGCUACCUCAUCCAAGAGACGCCUGCCUCACAGCUCUGGCAGCAUAUAUGAGGAAGAAAGAAAAGAGCUGGAAAGUUCCGAAGGUGAUGACAUGACAGCAACUCAGGGUGGCUUACGGCGUUUCAAGACCAUUGAGUUAAACAGCACUAACAACUAUGGCAGAGAUAUCGAGAUCAGCCAAGAGGCAGACAUCAGCCUGGACAGAGAACCUGAACUGGAGAUGGAGAGUCUGACAGGUUCUCCAGAAGAUAGAUCAAGAGGUGAAUAUUCCUCCACCUUGCCAGCAACAACACCCAGUUACACAUCAGGAACCUCUCCCACCUCCAUCUCUUCCUUGGAGGAGGACAGCGAUAGCAGCCCUAGCCGAAGGCAAAGACUGGAAGAGGUUAAGCAGCAGAGGAAAGCCCGGCAUCGCUCCCAUGGUCCUCUGCUGCCAACAAUAGAGGAUUCUUCUGAGGAAGAGGAGCUGCGUGAGGAAGAGGAACUCUUGCGAGAACAAGAGAAAAUGCGAGAGGUGGAACAGCAGCGCAUCCGAAGUACAGCCCGCAAAACUAAAAGGGAUAAAGAAGAGCUGAGGGCACAGAGGAGGAGAGAGAGAUCCAAAACUCCGCCCAGCAAUCUGUCUCCUAUUGAAGAUGCUUCACCCACCGAGGAAUUACGGCAGGCUGCAGAGAUGGAGGAGCUGCAUAGGUCUUCCUGUUCUGAAUACUCUCCUUCUAUUGACUCAGAAGCAGAAGGGUUUGAUGUAAUUGCCUCCAAGCUGUACAAAUCUGGCAGUGAGUACAAUCUCCCAACAUUUAUGUCCCUCUAUUCUCCAACAGAAAAAACUGCUGGCUCUGGGUAUCCCACUAGCAAGCCCCUGAAAAGUGCAGAAGAAGCCUAUGAAGAGAUGAUGAGGAAGGCAGAAAUGUUUCAAAAGCAGCAACCUUCCCAACAAAGCAUCUCCUACAGCAACACCUUUCAGCAAGUAGGCUAUCGUAGUUCAGAAGGCCAAAACAAUUUUGAAUACCAGUACAUCGAUGACUACAGCUAUGACAGCCGAAAUCUGGAUUCUUCACAAGCUGACUACCAAAAUGAACUUUCCAAAUCUGGAGCAGUUUAUGAAGAAAUCCUUCAAACUUCACAGAAUAUCUCCAGGAUGCAUCAGUCCUCUUCUCUGGAUUUGACACUUGAACAGGAAGUAAAGAAGAAAGGGAGAGAAGACGCAUAUCAAGACAAACAGUUUCUGAAUGCAGAGAGCGCUUAUGAAAGUGGCCCACUCACUCCUGGGACAAGUCCUACGCAGCUGUCUGCUCCUGUCUCCUUUUCAUCCACGGAAAGCAGCUCUGGCAGAAUAAUCCCUGAUGUUAGAGUCACUCAGCAUUUUGCAAAAGAGAGUCAUGAGCACGCCAGGCUUCAUAGCUCACCUACUGCACCUAGCUCAGUUUCAAAGAGUGUAACAACACCUUAUUCACACACUAAAGGAACUAACACAGUCACCACUGCUGUUUCUAGUCCAGUAAGCACACCACGGAUCUACAGCACUCCGACAUCUUUGAGCAGCUCAGAUGCACCAUCUGUGUCCACCACUAGCCGAAGUUAUAGUCAAACCAAAGUGACAGCAAGUUAUGGCUCUCAAACAGAAAAUAUUUCCAGGGUCAAGGGUGUGGCAGAGAUCAGUGGGCCAUCAGCAAGAGAGAAGCUCCAAAGUAUGGCUGAGAGCAAGACAAAUGUCCCCAUGUCAACAUCUAAGAUGUAUUCUUUCUACAAAAGCUCCAGCCCGCCACUUUCCCCUUCUUCUCCUACUCAAAGUCCCACUCAUUCUACUCCAAGAGCUGGAAUGACACCCAGUUCAGGGGUGGGAAUUAAAUCCACUGCUGAGUUUUCCACCCAAACGCACAGCACAAUUCUCUCAUAUGAUGUCCCAGCUACUACCGUCCUAUCAACAUCUUCUCCCAUGAUAGCUCAAGGGACACAAACUCCUCACCGGUCUAGCUCCCCUCGACUCGCUAGGCAACAGUCAUCCCAAGAAUCCCCCUUUAUGGUCAUCACAUUAGCAUCUGAUGCAGCUAUUCAAACCAAGCCAGUCAGUGUAAGUUCCUCCAUUUCACCAGCCUCAUCUCCCACCCAUCAAGGGCGCCAGCAAACGGUGCAUAGUUACAGUCAGACAGGAAUCCAUGCAGCGCAACUCCAGCAAGAGCAGCUACAGUCCACUUACACAAAGACACAAUCAGUGCUAGAGAGAGCCUCUGCUUAUAGUUCUGCGGUGCAGAAAGCACAAUCCACUGCUGCUCCGGACAGCUUUCCUGGUGUGUACAGCUGGGGAACACUGCCCGCAGAGAACAUUUCGUUGUGUAGAAUAUCAUCAAUACCUGGGACGUCCAGGGUAGAACCUGGACCCAGGCCACCCGGUAGUAAUAUUGUAGACUUGCGAACAGCAAUAAAGUCAGCUCCAAUCAUUAUAACAGACCAGGGGAUGGAUCUCACAUCCCUAGCUACUGAGAGCAGAAAAUAUUGCCUCACUAUGGACCAGUCACCGAGUCGGCAGUCUACAGCCAUCCAACCAUUAAUUAUCAAUCUUAAUGCCCAGGAACAGCCUCAUGCUAUCAUAAGCACAGCCACCACCGUCAGCAUAACGGUUGCAUCUUCCAUGCUUGUGUCUCAGCCAAAGCAGCCCGCGGUCUAUGGAGACCCUUUCCAGAACAGAAUGGACUUUGGUCAGGGAACAGGAAGUCCAGUGUGCCUGACGCACAUUAAACAAGUAGAACAAGCAGUUCAGACUGGCACCUUCAGAGGAACUGCGAGUGGUGCUGGCAUGUCCCCUUCUGUGGGCCGGCCAGACUCUGCCGGCCCACAGCAAGUAAAAUUUGCAAGGUAUAAUUUGCCCAACCAGAUGACAUCCUUGAUGAAAAAAGAUGCUCAGACCAAUAAUGCACAAAAUAUUGUUAGUGCCAUUCCCAGGCAGUUUCCUCAAGAUCAAAGCUCAGAGGUAUACCGAGGGAUCCCAGUGGAACUGAAGACUCCGACCCCUUCGGUCACCCCUGGAAGCAAGAAAUCUCAGGUGAUGAUGGUGCAGAUGGAUGAGAUUGCAGCAGGCCCUAUCACAAAACUGAUCAAAGAGGAACCUCCUUCCAAUGCACUGGAUCUCACGGGGAUGAAGCCCGAGAGCCAAGUGGCUUGCUGUGAUGUGGUGUACAAGUUCCCAUUUGCAGGCAGCUGCACUGGGGCAUUUAACCCUUCUUCCAAGGGGCCAGAGAAAAAUGGUGGGGACGCAGCUCACAUGGGUAAACCUAGCGGCCAGUACUAUGGAAGCAGAGAACAGGAGGCGUUGGAUACAUACCCUUAUAGAGAGCAACAGGCACCAGGGCCUAACCCAUAUGAAGAGCACCGGUUCUAUCCUCAUGGCCUGUUUGGGAGACUAUAUUCAUCAAUGUCAGAUACAAACCUGUCCGAAAUGGGUUUGAACUAUUACUCAGUUAAAGGAGAGCAGCCCUUCCACUCCCCUGCUGGGGACUCUGCAGUGGAUUUGACAACCAUGAAACAUUCCUACAGCCACAGCUUUGCUGAGGGGGGCUACAUGGGACACGGGAUGCAAUAUGGCUCUUUCUCUGACCUCCGACAACCGAGUGAUUUGCUAAGCCAUUCAUACCCCAUGCGCAGGUACAACUCAGCCUCUAAUAUCUACUCUGAUUAUAGAUAUUCACCAAGAGGGGACUUGACAAAUUUCCAGGAAGCCAGCCUGGCACAUUAUAGUGCUACAACAGCUCGUGAAAUCAGCCGAAUGUGUGCAGCACUCAACUCCAUGGACCAGUAUGGGGGCAGGCAUACGAACAGCCCAGACUUACUCCAGUACGGACAUAGCGCUCUUGGCCCUGGGCCGGGAGGGAGCAGAGGCAUCUCAGCUCAGCAGGGGGCCAUGAAACCCCAUAUGAUGUACAACCCCAAUUUUCCAGAGUCUCGUCCAGGCUUUGGGAACCUGGCCCAAUACAAUCUCUCUAGGCUUGGAGCAGUCAGGCAGGUCCUCCCUUCCACAGCCACCGUGCGAGCUGCUGAUGGCAUGAUUUAUUCAACAAUUAAUACGCCAAUAGCGUCAACCCUUCCUAUCACCACCCAGCCAGCAUCUGUGCUACGGCCCAUGCUCCGAGGCCUAUAUAGGCCCUAUGCUCCAGGUGGUAUCACAGCAGUCCCUCUGGCCAGCCUGACCAGGGUGCCUCUUGUUGCUCCACGGAUGCCCCUUGCAACCCAAGGCCUGUAUCGCUACCCAGUGCCCAGCAGGCUCCCUGCAGUCCCCACAUCAUCGAUGAUGGAAACCCCAAUGUAUUUGGGGAAGCCUGUCAGCACCACUGCACCCAGCACUGCUGCCAGUAGCGUCAGCCCAGCGCCAGCUUCCAAGCCCUCUGCUGCCCCAGCUGUUGGUUUGCAGAGACCUGAGCAGGCAGCGGCCGGCACACGAGAGGAGGGCCCUGCGGCAGCUCCUGGAGCACAGAGUAUUGCCAGGGAGGCGCAGCAGCAGCAGCAGCAGCAGCAGCCCCCCCCACCGCCACCACCACCGCCGCCCCCCCAAAUGCCAAUCCAGAAACAGCAAACAGAAGCUCCACAAUCCAGCAAAGGAGCCACAGAAAGGGAAGAAAAGGAGAAGGAGGAAGAGAGGCAGAGGAAGCAGCAGGAGCAUAUUCUCCAGUUUGAGAGGGAGAGGGUAGAGCUGGAGAAACUGAGGCAGUUGAGGCUGCAUGAGGAGCUGGAAAGAGAGCGCGUGGAGCUGCAGAGACACAGAGAGAAGGAGCAGCUGUUGAUGCACAGGGAGAUCCAGGAGCUGCACUCUAUCAAGCACCAGGUCCUGCAGCAGCAGCAGGAGGAGCGCCAGGCCCAGUUUGCCCUGCAGCGGGAGCAGCUGGCCCAGCAGCGCUUGCAAUUGGAGCAGAUCCAGCAGCUGCAGCAACAGCUGCAGCAGCAGUUGGAGGAGCAGAAGAGGCAGAAGAGCACCUUUCCUCCAGUAUGUGACCAAACAGGGAGGAUUCCUCCCCAGGCCGUGUCCGAGAUAGCCAUAGAAAUGCAAAGGACCUUGGCUCAAAACGGGCAAUAUUGGCCACCCCUAAACCAAGCCUUUAUGGCGACUGCAGCCCAAGGUCAAGAUGGGCAAGGCCAGCCUCCUCCUCCUCCUCCUCCUCCUCCUCCUCCACGCUAUCCUGGGUUCCAGAGGCCCCUCACCAACUCGGCCUCUGAAAUGUCCCUGCAGACGGAAGAUCAGUGGGAAGCUGGCCGAGGGAUAAAGAAGCGGAACUCUAUGCCCCGCCUCCGGGAUGCAUACGACAAGGAGCCUGGCCACGAGCCGUACAUUGUGAAGAAGAUCACAGACAGCAGCGUGCAGACUGAUGAGGAGGAUGGUGAGGAGCGUUUCUACGCCUCCCGGCGACGCCGCACCCGGCGCAGCACUGACUGCAGUGUCCAGACGGAUGAGGAAGACGAUGGUGAGUGGGAACAGCCGGUGCGGCGCCGACGCUCCCGCUUCUCCCGGCACUCCGAUUCCAGCGCAGAAAGCAAGCAAGACUCUUCCACCAAGGGCACAGCCAGUAUCGCCAUCCAAACCAUUAGCCACUGCUCCGUGCAGACGGAACCCGACCAGCUCCACAGGGUGUCCCCUUCCAUCCACAUCACCACUCCUGACCCCAAGGUGGAGAUAGUGAAGUACAUCUCUGCCCCUGAGAAGACCCAGCGAGGAGAGAGCCUGGCCUGCCAGACGGAACCGGAAGUCCAGCCCCAGCCAGGCAUCGUUGUCCCUCAGCUUACUGUGCCUACUACAAUCACGCCUUACUCCUCCAACAUCCAGAUCGUAAGCACAGGCCCCCUGGAUCCCCAUUUGGUCCGGCAGCAAGCACUGGUGAAGAAAAAGCCAGACCCCCUUGAAAUUGGCUACCAGUCCCACCUGCCGACGGAUUCCUUGUCUCAGCUGGUGUCUCGCCAGCCUCCCAAGUCACCCCAGGUGCUCUACUCCCCAGUCUCUCCCCUCUCCCCACAUCGGCUGCUAGAGUCAUCCUUCACGACCAGCGAAAGGCUCAACAAGGCCCAUGUGACCCCACAGAAACACUUCAUGGCUGACUCCACUCAGCGCCAGCAGACCCUACCUCGCCCCAUCAAAACCAUGCAGAGAUCCUUAUCCGAUCCCAAGCCCAUCAGCCCGACGUCAGAGGAGUCUGCAAAGGACAGGUUCUCCUUGUAUCAACACGCAUUGCUCCCUGGCAGCCAGAUUUCCACGCUGCAGUCAAACACCCUCAUUCGGAAAGUGAAGCGGACCCUGCCUAGUCCCCCGCCAGAAGAAGCUCAUCUCCCUCUUGCCAGCCAAGCUCACUCACAGAUGUACAUGCCUGGCCUCAUGCAGAAGGGAAUGGGAGGGCAGCCUGUUCAAGUGACCAAAGCCAGCCUCCUCCGGGAACUUGACCGUGAUCUGAAGCUGGUAGAGCACGAGUCCACUAAGCUGCGGAAGAAACAAGCUGAGCUAGAUGAAGAAGAGAAGGAGAUUGACGCCAAGCUGAAGUACUUGGAACUGGGGAUUCAUCAGAGAAAGGAGUCUUUGCUGAAGGACCGGAAUGUGCGGGAUUAUCCCUACCUGAGGUGCCUGGGAGAGAACAGGGAUUACAUGUCUGACAGUGAGCUCAACAACCUCCGCCUCUCUGGCUACGAGAGUGGCAGUCUCCUGACGAGGCCCAGCACUGCCCCUUCUAACCAAUACACAGACUUCUCCAGCACACAGUACACAUCGGCCUCCUCCUACACCCCAUACCAGUACUCCUCAGGACAAGCUGCUCCCCCUGCUCCAGCCACAUUCCAGCAAACGAGAUUCCAGCCUCCACACUACCCCCCAGGAAGCAAUGGCCCUGCUCAAAAUGGCUUCCAGGCAAGCCAGGUGCCCGCCUACCCUUCCCAAACAACAUACCAGACACACAGCUUCACUCCAAGCACCGGAUAUCAGUCCGAUCUGGGCCUGCAGAGCCAUCAAGGCUUUCGGCCUCCGUACCAGGCUCAGACCACGUAUCCCAGCCAGACCCCUCUGCAGCCUGCUGCACAGAGUGCUCUUUUCCAGACUCAUACAGACACUCACACAAGCUCCCAGAAACCACGGCAGACAUCACUAGCUGACCUAGAGCAAAAGAUCCCCACCAAUUACGAAGUCAUUGGCAAUCCAACUGUGGUGAUCUCUGCCGCCACCCCAGAAGUAACCUAUAGCACCACAACAGUGACCAGCAGCUAUGACCAAUUCAAGGCCCCCGAAGGAAGGCCGGCAGACAGGACUGGUGCAGCUCAAAGUCCCUCCACCAGCUACUCCUCGGACUCUCUCUACACCAACCUAGAGCAGAACAUUCCUCGGAAUUAUGUAAUGAUUGAUGAUAUCAGCGAACUAACUAAAGAGAGCACUACUGGCGAAGGCCAGAAAGGAGACUUGCAGUCGCAGAGCAGCAAUGGACGACAUAUCAAAGACAAAAGUGACCUGACAGAUGCAGAUGUCUCCAGCAGGCCUUGCUGCUACGCAAAGGGAGAAGAGGAGUCUGAGGAAGAUAUGUACGAUCACCAUGGCCCCGACCAUCGGGGGAAAAGCUACCAUAGGGGCACCGAGAGCAAUGGUAGGAUGGCAGGUAGCACUGGCUCCUACUACUAUGGGGACAGUGAUUACAGACACGCCUCUCGCUCAGACAAGCAUGGGUCCAGUACGGGAGUACAGAAGCACUCCUCGAAAAACUUGGCCCCAGCUGUCAUCUCUUCCAAACGCAGCAAGCAUCGGAAACAAGGUAUGGAGCAGAAGAUCUCCAAGUUCUCCCCCAUAGAAGAAGCCAAAGAUGUAGAAUCAGACCUAGCCUCCUAUACAGUGACCACAUCUGUUAGUAGCAGCAGUGUGGCAUCCAGAGCAAAGAAGCUGCAAGACGACAUCACUUAUGGCCUCAAGAAGAAUGUAUAUGACCAGCAGAAAUACUACGGCACGUCCAGCAGGGAUAGGGAUAUGAUGGAAGAAGAUGACAGGGCAUAUAGCGGUGGCCGAUCCAGAUCCUCUGGUUACGUGUCAGAGAAGCAGUCAAACCGUGAGAUCAGGAGUAGGUCCUACGAGAGAGAAAGCAUGGAGAGACCUCCGAAAGGAAGCUCCAAGCCUUCUUCUCUCAGUAUGAGUCAGAGUCGCGGGCGACCUCCAAUUCGCACACAAACAUCGGAAGAAGAAAGCCCUGUCAGUCCUUUGGGGAAAUCCAUGGGUGUAUCGCGGUCCUCAGGUGGACCUCUCCCUCAGUCUGCUGGAGACAGCUGCUCCCAGUUCUGCUCCAGUCACUCAUUGCCUGAUGUACAAGAACAUAUCAAAGAUGUGCCAAGAACCCACUCUUACAAGCAUGAGGAAGGUUACAUCAUGGAUGAUUCACAUUGCGUAGUUUCAGACAGCGAAGCCUAUCACUUGGGUCAGGAAGAGACAGACUGGUUUGAUAAGCCGCGGGAACCUCGUUCAGAGAGGAUGAGGCAUUAUGGUGGCCACUCCUCAUCCUCCCAGAAAAGGGCUCCAAUUAAACAUACCUACCAUGACUAUGAUGAACCCCCAGAUGAAGACUUGUGGCAUCACGAUGACUAUUCUCACCCACGUCACUCCUCUUCCAAAGAACACAGGCACCAUGGAGACUAUGGCAGGCAUUCCUCCUCCACCACCUCCUCCCGCCAUGCCAGCGAUGAUCUGCCCAGGAGGUCAUCUAGGCAACAUCCGAGAGAUCCCGGCCGCCAUGAAUCACGUGGACAUGGCCAGCCCUCUGCCCAGAAGAAGGCUCAGCAAGCCGAUAUGAGAGCACAGCCAGGUUAUCCCUCCAGCUCCUCAGAGUACUCCCAGCAGUCUCGACAGCCAUCUGGUUACCAUCAUCCCGCAGAGCCCCAGAAAUCACAGAGGCAGACGCAACAUGGGCCGCCAUCUCAGCAGCCAAAAUCAGAGCCUCUUCCCCACCAACAGCAGCAGCAGCAGCCAAGGCAGCAACAAGUAGGGCAGCCACAGCCGCAGCAGCAACCAUCCCGGCAGCAGCAACAGCCAGGCAGACAGCCGCAGCUGCAUCCAACAGGCCCUUCUCAGCAGCCUUCUCAGCAACAGCAACAGCAACAGCAAGCUAGGAUGCAGCAGCCGCAGCAGCCGCAGCAGCCGCAGCAGCCACCACAGCCGGUGACCCCAGCCCAACCCUCCUUGCGACCAGCCCAACAGCAGCCUGGCCAGCCCCAGCCAGUAAGCAAACCACAGUCAACCCAAGCACAACCUAGCGCUCACCAGGCAGGACCACCUAAAGCAGAGCAGAUGGAUGCAUCCAAACCUACCACAAAAGUGCCACAGGUGGGGAAAGUACCCCAAACACAGCCACAGGGAAUAGCAGCAGGAGGCAUUAAAUUGGGUCCCAAACCAGCAGGAGCACCCACCUCUGCAGGUGCAGCAGCUGGACAGCCAGGAGCAGAGGGAGAAAGUGUCUUCUCCAAAAUCCUGCCAGGAGGGGCAGCAGAACAAGCAGGCAAAUUGACAGAAGCUGUGUCAGCUUUUGGCAAGAAAUUCACGUCAUUUUGGUGAGAGGACACCACUGGGAGUUUGGGAGAAUAAGUGGAGAUCUCAUCAUUGCACUGGAAAAACCUAUGAAGAAUCCAUUGGAAUUCAGUCUGCCGCUCCAGACUCUGGGUAUAACACUUUUGAAACCAUGGAAAACCACUAGUUUACGAGUUUGAAGGUGGAAGAGGUGUUUAUACAGAUGUCUGCCUGUGGAUCCCACAACAAGCUCCUUGAGGACAUCUGAGCCAACUGUUCCAAAAGGCUUUCAGAAGCCACCUGUUGUCAACUCCACUGGUGUUGUGUGAGCCCCGAGGGGGUGAAGGCAAGUUCUUAGUUUGAGAGGAUGUACAUAAAAGACACAUUUACAGAACAUAAGUCUAAUCCAACGUGUCACACAGACUGACCACUUCCCUGAUGCUGGAGGAGAUGACUGGACUCCAGAGACUACUCAUGGCUGUGGUUCCACUUGUGCCUAGGGUCUAAUGUUGGGUUAGGGUUGGGAGCCAUGGCCCUUUCUCGAGAUUAUACACAGAGUUUCUCUCUUAUUGAAUUUUAACUCUAGAGUCUUCAUAGGUUUUUCCCGCUCUCCAAGAUGUACUUGAGCCGAGGGCUGGGAGCUCGACGCUCCGUUCUCCUUCACAUUCCAGUUUGCCCUGUCAAUCCCUCCACCUGCACAGUGUUUGUUCCCUCUCAUCAUCCCUGCAGUGGAAAGCAUGGGACGAAGAGAACUCCGACUAGGACCUAACACUGUUUCACUACUGAGAUAAAGAGGCCAUAGGACUCUGAAAGGCAGUGCGAACUGGCUGACUAUUGACUGAAGCAAAUGCUGGCCAGGCAUGUCUAUCAGCCACCCAAAGCCAUCCUGAAGCCAUUCUAAAGCAUUCAAAUGGCAGUGCUUUCCAUUGUUAGUGUUGCGCAUUGUUUUACGUAUGCCUGGGGAUUAUUUUUAUUUCAGAAACAGCCUUAAUCAUUCCACUUUUAUUUACGUGUAUACCUCAUCAACGCCCAGCAAUUGGGAGUUUGGAUUUUGUUUUUGUUUUUCGAUUUUUUUUGUGAGGUUCCUUUUUUGUUUGUUUUUUACUUUGUAUCGAACAUUUUGUUUUCCUCUUUGCUUUGUACUGAGUUAGCACAUGGGCUGUUGUCGGUAGAAGCAAUAGAGUGCAGAAGGCUAUAAAGAGCACAAUCCAGCGUGAUGAGAUCAGGAGUGUUUGCCUCUGCCAUCCUCCUUCCUACUACUGUGCAAUUCAAGUCCUUCUUAAGCCAUUACCAGUGGGCAUGCUCAGAACGACGGAGGAGCUACGUGGAGCAGGAUGUCAUCGGACCUGCCAGUACGGAGCUCUUUGCGCUGUAACCUGCGAGAGCCGAAAGGAAAACCCUGUGAAACAGCUCCUUUUUUGCCGUAAAGCAUUCAGCAAGUGUACAGAUGCUCUGGUUCCCAUUUGUUGUUUGUGCUGUCUGUUUCCCGCCCGUCUCUCGUCCACGCUGAGCAUGCUCAAGAACAACAACUCAUUGGUGUGACCCAUAGGAGCUUCCAUUCACCGUGGGUAACAGCAAAAUGAUUCUCAUGUCUAAUGUUCUAUGCAAUGAAAUAACAAAAAUUUUAAAAAACAACUGUUAAUAUUUAAUAAGUUCAAUGUUAUGUAUAAGGAUUUAAUUGCAAAUGUGCUAUCGAGAAACUGGAUAGAUACCUUUAUAUCGAACACCUGUGUGUAUGAAGUUCUCAAUUAGUGGCAUGCUUGACCCAUUCGAGGGACACUUUUGCCAAAGGGUAGCCAUAGAGCCAGUGACUGUCUCUGUCUGUUGUAGAGCAUGGCUUGCUACUUCUCUGCACGGUUUCAUCUUCUUAGAAUGCUUGCCGUUCUUUGCUUGAGGUUAAUUUAUUUUUCUCUCCAGUUGGUUCAUCUUCUCUAUUGAAUGCCAUUAGCAGAUUUAUGCACUUGUUAUUGAAGGCCUGUUAGUGACACCAUGAAGCAUAACUAUCCUGCAGAAUGUAACAUCAGAUGUUCUCCACUGAACUAUGUUAACUCUCUCCCCUUUGCCACAUUUAGUAG